GGAAGUAAAACAUUAUUCUUAUUUUUUUAAACGGAGCAUUUUAUUUAAUGAUAAUGGCGACGUUAAGAUUGUGAGGGCUACAUUUGCAAUUAGAAAAAACAUUUCACCUUACGUCCAGAGAUGGAGACUCUAAUUCCUGUUAUCAACCGGCUGCAGGAGGUCUUCCUCACCAUUGGAGCAGAGAUCAUUCAGCUUCCUCAGAUCGUCGUAGUAGGAUCACAGAGCAGUGGGAAGAGCUCGGUGUUAGAAAGUCUGGUUGGACGAGAUUUUUUACCUCGGGGUUCUGGAAUAGUCACACGGCGACCUCUAGUGCUGCAGCUGGUGAAUGUUCCUACACUGGAGGAGCGCCGCAAACAGGACAACGAAAAUGGAACGAAAACAAAAUCUCAGUGCAGCUUUUCAGGAAUCAAAGCAGAGGAAUGGGGAACCUUUAUUCACUGUAAAAAUCAGAUUUUCACAGAUUUCACUGAAAUUCGCAAGGAAAUUGAAGACGAGACAGAACGCACCACCAGUAACAAGGGUAUCAGUGCAGAACCCAUCAACCUGAAGAUCUACUCACCCAAUGUCCUGAACCUCACCUUGGUUGAUCUGCCUGGAAUAACCAAGGUGCCAGUAGGUGACCAGCCGGAGGACAUCGAGACUCAGGUUCAGGAAAUGAUUCUGUACUUCAUUUCCAACCCCAACUCUCUUAUCCUGUGUGUGUCUCCUGCAAACUCUGACCUGGCCACUUCAGAUGCCCUCAAACUGGCACGCGAGGUCGACCCAGAGGGUCGGAGGACUCUGCUAGUCGUUAGUAAGCUGGAUCUGAUGGAUGCUGGAACCGAUGCACUGGAAGUUCUGCUUGGCCGUGUCAUUCCUGUCAGACUUGGAAUUAUUGGAGUUGUCAACAGGAGCCAACAUGACCUGAAUACUCAGAAGAGUGUAGCAGAUGCUUGGCGUGACGAGCAGGCCUUCCUACAGCGCCAUUACCCAUCGAUGGCCUCGCGCUGUGGCUCGCGGUACCUGGCACGCACACUGAGCCGUCUGCUCAUGCACCACAUCCGUGACUGCCUGCCCGAGCUCAAGGCACGUGUGACGGCGCUCAGUGCCCAAUACCAGGCUCGCCUGAACAGCUAUGGUCAGCCCGUGGAGGACCACAGUGCCACCUUGCUGCAGAUCGUCACCAAGUUUGCUACUGACUACUGCAACACCAUCGAGGGCACGGCACGGCAGAUCCAGACCUCUGAGCUGUGUGGGGGAGCUCGUAUCUGUUACAUUUUUCAUGAGACGUUUGGGCGAACACUGCAAUCCAUCGACCCUCUUGCAGGACUCACAGAGCUGGACGUUCUCACUGCCAUUCGAAAUGCCACAGGUCCAAGGCCGGCACUGUUUGUUCCUGAGGUGAGUUUUGAGCUGCUGGUAAAGAAGCAGAUUAAGAGACUGGAGGAGCCGAGUCUGCGCUGUGUGGAGCUCGUGCAUGAGGAGCUACAGAGGAUCAUCCAGCACUGCUCGUCUUAUAGUACACAGGAACUGCUGCGAUUUCCCAAACUGCAUGAUUCAAUUGUAGAGGUGGUGACUGGUUUACUCAGGAAACGUCUUCCCAUUACCAAUGACAUGGUCCAUAAUCUAGUGGCGAUAGAAUUGGCGUACAUCAAUACUAAACACCCAGACUUUACAGAUGCAGCACAAGUUUCAGCUUCAGUUAACAGCCAGCAGACUGAAUCACUUGAUGGAGUCAAGCGCUGUAAGAAUGACAAGCUGCCGUUGGAGGAGAAGGGUCAAGUGCCUGGUUUUGGGAGUCCAACCAAAACAGUCAACCUGCUGGAUACAGCGGUGCCAAUCUCUCGAAAGCUAAGUGCACGUGAGCAGCGGGACUGUGAGGUUAUACAGCGCCUCAUCAAGUGCUACUUUCUCAUCGUGCGCAAGAACAUCCAGGACAGCGUGCCCAAAGCUGUGAUGCACUUUUUGGUAAACUUUGUGAAGGAGCGACUGCAGAGUGAGCUGGUGGGGCAGCUGUACAAACAGCCUCUGCUGCAGGAGCUUCUCAUUGAAUCUCAGGAAACAGCACAGCAACGCACUGAGGUCGCCCACAUGCUGAAGGCUCUCCAAAAAGCCAACAACAUUAUCUCAGAGAUCCGAGAGGCUCACCUGUGGUAGCCAAAUCUUUGCAACAGAGACACGUUGUUGAUGAUGAGAGUGUGUUUACAUGUUUGUCGUAUGCAACAGUUUGGACACGCCUGAGAAUCAACAAAACAUGGUGUUUCACCAGGGGUGUAUAUGUACAUGCCAGUGUAAAGACUUCUUCAGUAGUUCUGGUAAUCUGGUAGCCCCUUCAACCCGGAGACCUGGGUUUGUGUCUUUGUGGGGCCGGAUGUUCUAGAGCCAUUGACAUGUCGCAGAGGUUAACACGUGAGGAGCGGAUAGAAAUUGUGUUGAUGUCUGGUGAACGCAGUACCCGGGUCAUUGCAGCAGAUUUCAAUGCAAGACACCCUACGAGACCACCCAUCUCCCAUGCUACAGUUAGCAAACUGCUUGCCAAGUUUCGUGAAACUGGUUCAGUGUUGGAUUUGCCAAAAUGUGGACGCAUGAAAACUGUCACUAAUGAAGAAACAUCAGUGGCUCUCCUAGCUUCAUUCAGCAAGAGCCCACAGCGUAGCACUCGCCGCAUGUCACUGGAGAGUGGCAUCAGUCGAACAUCCCUUCGGCGGAUAUUAGCUACUCACAAAUGGCACCCUUACAAACUCCAGCUGCUGCAGCAUCUCAACGAGGAUGACCCAGAUCGGCGCACUGAAUUUGCAGAAUGAGCAAAACAAAAAUUGGAACAGGACCCUCAGUUUACACAGAACAUUUUGUUCAGUGAUGAGGCAAACUUUUAUGUGAAUGGUGAAGUUAACAAACAAAACCACCGCUAUUGGUCUGACACUAACCCACAUUGGAUAGAUCCCUCCAAGACUGUUGGAACACAAAAAUUGAUGGUAUGGUGUGGUAUAUCGGGUACAAAGAUAGUGGGGCAAUUCUUCAUCAUUGGAAACCUCAAGGCCACUGGAUAUUUGAAAUUGCUACAUGACGAUGUGUUUCCCUCUUUAUGCACUGAAGCUGGCACGUUCCCUGAGUUUUUCCAGCAAGAUGGUGCACCACCACAUUAUGGGUGUCAGGUCCGAGCAUUCCUAGAUGAACAGUUUCCUGGAAAGUGUAUUGGUCGUCGUGGGCCAGUUGAAUGGCCCCCAAGGUCUCCCGAUCUGACCCCCUUAGACUUUUAUCUUUGGGGUCAUCUGAAGGCAAUUGUCUAUGCUGUGAAGAUACGAGAUGUGCAGCACCUGAAACUACGGAUACUGGAAGCCUGUGCUAGCAUUUCUUCUGCGGAGUUGCUAUCAGUGUGUGAAGAGUGGGAGAAGAGGGUUGCAUUGACAAUCCAACACAAUGGGCAGCACUUUGAACACAUUUUAUAAGUGGUCAGAAACUUGUAAAUAACUCAUGAAAGAAUAAAGUUACGU